CCGUUUUUCGCUUUUCUCGCUCUCUCUUCAAAAAACGGUCCCCUUGUGCUGCUACCAUACGCCCUACACAUGGUUUCCCUGUUCCUCGCUUCCGUCCGUCGGCCGUCCAUCUUCUCGCGUCCUUCCUCAUUUCUUCUUCUCCCUUUUUCUUCUUUUCCCUGUCUCUUCUCCUGCCCCCCGCAUAUUCGCUCGAAAGGAAGUUCGUUUCCUCAGUGCGAAUUUACGGGCGGCAGGGACGGCCGCGAGGUCUCUUCUUCUCCUGCAACGCGGGGAAGGAGCUGCUGUUGGUCCUAGAGGCAUGUCCGAGGGGGAGAAAAACUCGUCAGAAAGAAAUCCAGGAUAACGCGCGGCUUUCAAAUCGAGGAACAUGCCUCUGGGCGUCCUCUCUGUCGGAGUUCUCUCUCGCGAGUGGACUGCGUCGGGCAGAAACUCAACAAGAACGUCCUGGCCAGGAGGAAGCUGAGGCGCGAAAGUGAAACGUCUGGAGAGCAGAGAGCGGCUGAGUUGAGGUGUAUGUACACCUGAACUAGUGCGUCACAAAGUGCCUCCACAGCCCGGCGCUUUUCCUGUGUGUCUCUUUGCUCGGUUCUACGCCACUCAGAGUUGUCUCUCUCUUUCUAUUCUCUCUCUUGCCUCUCCCUCUUUGUUCUCUCUCCCUCUUUUCCCUGUUGAUUCUUUUCUUUCUUCUUCCAGCAAUGGCGCUCGCAUCUCACCGUGCACCCGCGCGCCAGGCAGCCACGAAGGCGUUGCCUUCUGCCUGCUCGGUCUCUUCUUUCUCUGCGUCUGUUCGAAGAACCACAGAGAGGGAGUGGAACCUGUUUCCUUCCCCCUCUCCCGUUCUCGCUUCUCGUCUUCGCUCUCAACCUCGAGGCCAGAAAACCUCUUCGCUGCAGUCCUCUUCUCCCUCCCUCUCUUCUUCUUCGCCUCCUCUCUCGUCGUCUUUCUGUUCUCUCUCUUUUCUCUCUGGGCGGCCCUCCUCCACAGAAAAGUGGAUCCGUCGAGGAGACGCCUCUCUCCUUUUUCGUGCUCUUCGUCGGCCGCAGCGUCCCUCGCAAGGAGGCGAAGUUGAAGGCGAGAAGGGAAGCGUCUGCCGUCGGCUCCGUCGCCGCUCCCUCUCUGCCUCGACUCUCGAUACACGUUUCGUGAAGGGAUCUCUGAGUGGAGCAACUUCUCCUCAGCUAGACUCCGCUGUCAGAAGAAACACUUGCAUGCAGGCUCCAUUCGCCUUGCUCUCGCCUCUCAACGCUCGGCGCUUCGCUUCUCUCUCUUCUUCUCUCUCUUCUUCUCUCUCUUCUCUCUCUUCUUCUGUCUCUUCUCCUUCCGCCUCCUCCUUUUCAGACGCUCUUUCUGAAGAGAGUUGGGAGGGGAGACUGCUGGCGCUCCGGCGGCUCGCGGAGGCCGAGGAAGGCGUCCGGAGAGGGAAGGCGGUGGUGGAGUUCGCGCGAGGUGCACAGCGAGGAAGAAGAAAGUCUUCUUCGUCUGCAUUGCCCUUCUCCGUGGACGCAUUCGCUUCCCCAGACAGCAGUCUCGCAGACAGCGAGAGCGCCGGUGCGCGACUUGCGGCCUUCCUCGCGGCGCUCGGCGAAGAACAGAAACUCAAGUCGCGCGAGGAGAAGCUCAGACUCCUCGUCGCCCUUGCAAGGGUUCGGCCUCAAGUGCUUGCGGAGGCGCCUGCCUCAGCGGCUCUUCUGCGUUCUCUUGUUUGCGAUCUCCUGGGAGGCAGUGGAGAGACGCAGGAAGAAAGUUGGGCGGAGGCUGACGUGACGGCUAAGGAGGUCCUCGUCGUUCUGGGCUGCGUUCGCCGACUGAUGAAUCUCCCGCCCUUCGCGUCCCCUGCGGACCGCAGCUACCUGCGUUGCUGUCGCUUGUUGAGAGAGGGCCGUCUGGCCUCGCUUUCGUCUUCGGAUUUGACGAAAUUGCUUUCGCUGUUGGCACACCCUUUCCAGUUCGCGAACGCUUCGUUCACCGACGAAGAGAGAAGCGGCGGAGGUGCAGCGAGCAGAGCGCGAGAGGACGCAGAAGAAGAAGACAAAGAGGCAGAAGAUGCAGAGGGCUUGCGGAGACAGUUGAUCGUCAUGGCGCUCAACGUGUUCUCAGAUCGCCUUGAGGGGGCGUCUGGGUCACCGCCGACGCUCGACGACGUAGCGAGUCUCUUGCGCGCUGCUGCUUUAGCCGGGACGCAUGCGGACGUGCUGCGGCGCGUGUUUGCAUGCAUCUGCGCGGCGGCUGCUCCUGAAGGCGAAGCUUCCUCGCUUUCUCCUCAGGCGUCUAGACAAGGCAACAGACUUCCUGCGCCCCGGCAGAGACGAAGUCAGAAGGAGAAGACCCAAAACACAGUCACGCAAAAAGUGACGCCUCCGCAGGCAGUUCACUUGCUCCACAUCAUGACGACGGCGAGGCUCUACUCCCCAGAAGCGAUCGACGCGCUUCUCUCCCGCUUUGACGUCGACGAGUCGGCGCCAGAUGCACUGACAUCCGCGGACGCAGCGCCGUCGCCGUUGUCACUCCUCCCCAUCGACGGGGCGCCUCUCAACGGCGGAGCCUCGCCUGUUGUGGAGACAAUUCUCAACGCGUUUGUGGCGAAAGGCGAAGCCGGGAAGAAGGGAUGGGGUGUACGUACACUCGGCACGCGGAGCGAGUUGCUGCGCCUGCUCAAGAUCGUCGAACUCACGCUGCGUCUCGACCUUCCCCACACCUGCAGUCAGUUGAGUCCUCCUGCUCUCCGUGUUCUCGGCGUCAUCCGUGACACCCCGUUCGUCGACCCCAAGCUGAUGACGGACAACGUUCUGUCCUACCAGCUGGCGCAUUUCCUCAGAAAACACCGCUUUCCUUGCGAGAGGAGCAUGGAGGGUCCGUAUGCGCUGCGACUCGCGGACAUCGAGCGCCGCCUCGUCGUUUUGCCCGUGGACGCGACAGACGAAGAUCCCUCGCGCAUGUGCAGACACGCGGCGUCUGCGCUGGACAGGUCUGGCGAAGGAGCGGGUGACGACGGCCUCCAGGGCGAGCAGCGAAUCGCUCGAGAAGAAGCCACGAAAAAUCUCCUCGAUGCUCUGCGCCCGGAGACAAAAGCGCGACUCACGCAUCUCAAAGAGCUGGGCUGGAGAGUCUUGGUUGUGCACUACCGCGACUGGACUGCCAUCAAUUCCCCGCUUUCGAAGGCGAAAUUCGUCCGCAGUCUGCUGCAGAGACACGGACUUAUCGACCUCGCGCCCAGUGGCACAGGCGCCUCGAGAUGACCGCGGCCGCGUCGAGACUCUUUUUUCGAGAGAAACGAAUCCGUCCACCUCCUGAAGAGCGAACAAGACGCUCACGGACUUGGAGGCAACCUUGCCUCAGUGAAAGGAUUGCCUCAGCCUAAGAGAGGCAUGCACCGCUGUGUUGGGCCGCCGGGGUGUCGAGCGUGGUGUGCACGGUAAAACCGCCGGGUGUACAGACACCGCAGCGAAGGCGCACGCUGUACGUCCCCCAGAUACUUUUUUCUGUGGGUUGUUCGCGUUGAAAGCGCUUUCUGGGGGAAAACGAAAGACGCAAGGCUGGUCGAGGCGCGAUCUUUUGUGUGUUGGUGGAGCACGAGGAGCAUUCUGAGAAGAAAUUCGUUAGAAUUCCAUCUCCACAUUCAAACAGAAAAAGGAACUUGAAUGCACGCCCGACUCUCCGGUAUAUCGCUCAUAGCCGUUUUUCGCCGAGGAAGCUGUGGAGCGUUUCCUACGCUGCACGUUUCAGCUCUCUCUUUUCCUCCCUCUCCUCCGAAAUGCUCUCCUUUUUCUUCGCCACUCUUCAAUGUUGUCGCUUCGUGACACUUCCCAUGCGUUUCAACGCCACAGCUAUCCCGCAAAUAUAUCUAUAUAUAUAACAUAUAUAUAUAUAUAUAUAUAUACAAUAUAACUGGUAGUUCCUAGCGCAUGCGCCGGUAAAAAUGACCCUUUCCACAGAAGGCUUGUUGGUUUUUCUGUGCAACAUUAACACUGAAGAAGAAGGAAUUCGCAUUUGCGGCGCAACGGCCAAAACGAGCGUCAACACUCGCGGACUUGUGUGUCUUUGCGGUCGAAAGUUCGUAAGCAGCGGAGCUCCCUCGUUCAGAACAAGCUUUUUGUGUUCCGGCAGCCUACAUCGGUUCUUCUAACUCAUACGUGCAU